AUGGCGGCGAACGAACCACUUGAUCAAACAGGUUCAACCUCAACAUAUAUUGAUUUUGACUCUCUCACCUCGCCCGACUUCUCACCCUAUGAGCACGCAGCGACGCUAAUCCAACGCACAAAUAACCCUUCCGAGUCAGUCGAUCUCAACACGCCAUUAUCACGAGCACUAUUCGAUCUCCAGGAAAUCGACUCCCAUAUCCACACACUAACUUCUCGCUCCGCCAUCGAUAUUCUCGAGUAUACCAAGACGCAAAACCAUGCGGCGCAACGGAUACUGGAACGUGUCGAUGAAGAACGCACAAAGCUGAACGCAAGCUAUGCGCGUCUCGAGAAGGAAGUUGCUGGCCGCUACGAUCGAGCGAUCGAGGCUAAGACCAGUGCUUCGCGGAGCUGGGAAGUUCUGAGGUUAGGUCGUAGCGUCCAGAGGGUGUUGAACGUCGCGCGUCAGUUUGAGACAGCGAUCUCAGAUUCAGGUUUGGGCAGCAGUCGAACUGGGAAGGAGGACCACCGCGCAUUACUACGGGCUUCCUACAUUCUCUUAUCGUUUCGAGAGCUGAUGGCUGGCGCUGAAGGGCCUGAGCUCGGUCGGGUAAACCUUGUCCGGACUUUGCGUGGCCGCAUCUUUGAAGACGGGGAAGCACGAAUCCUUGAUUAUGCUAGAAGGGUUGUCCGAGAGUUCUCUAUGAGCAGCUUAGCCGGUCCAGCAGCUGCUAGUGCCACGUUUCGCGAUGCAGAAGACAAUCGCUCGCGUUUCACCAGUGCGACCUAUAUCCUCUAUCUGCUCAGUCCUGCGCCUAGAAUAGACGGCAAGAGUAUGAACAAGUCCGACUUCGAACCAGAGUACCUGCUCCGAGCCCUACAGAGCUAUCUGCAGUCGGCCAUCACGUCGAGUUCUGCAGCCAUGGGUAGAGCUUUAGCGCAGCUUCCCUCCCUUGAGAAGACCAUGAUUGACAUCAGUGCGCGGUGUCAGAACAUUGUUGCUCUUGAAGCGCUGCUCCGGGGCAUACAAGCACCAAACCAUCCGUUACUGCACGAUGCGGCACCCGAAGGCGAGGUGAAUAGAAAUGCAAGCAACGAUGACGAUUUCCUGGCCAUCGAAGAGGAGAAGGGUAAUCUCCUAGAUCCGCUUCUGCAAGCGCUCGACACAGCCUCUCUACCUUCAUACUUUUGGCGCUCUCUGGCAGCGUCCUUGGCAACGAGAGUGCAGGAGAUCCUGCACAGAGGCGGCAUCUCAGCCCGAACACUGCGAAGUCAGAAGGAGGGCGUGCGGACCGAGAUUCGAGAGUGUGUUCUCCGCGGAUCCAAGAUGCCGGCCAGCAUUUCUGGCAGCGCUGCUGGCAAAGAGGAGAUCGUAGGCAAUUGGGAACGAGAAGCUGCCGUCAUGAUAGGAGCGGUCGUCGGUGUUCUGGGUCGUUAG